AUGCUGCGCCCGCUGCUGUUCGCCGCGCUCUGCCUGGCCGGCGGGCUGGGGGCCGCCCGCGGCUGCCAGCUGCCCUCCGAGUGGAGACCCCUGAGCGAGGGCUGCCGAGCCGAGCUGGCCGAGAUCAUCGUGUACGCCAAGGUGCUGGCGCUGCACGAGGAGGUGCACGGCCUGUACAACUACCUGCCCUGGCAGUAUGAGGCCAGCGACGCGGGGCUCUUCUACUCCGCUGAGAUCGAGAUGCUGUGCGACCAGGCGUGGGGCAGCAUGCUCGAGGUGCCCGCGGGCUCCAGGCUCAACCUCACCGGCCUGGGCUACUUCUCCUGUCACUCCCACACCGUGGUCCAGGGUUACUCCUAUUUCUUCUUCCUCAGGAUGGAUGAGAACUAUAACCUCUUGCCUCAUGGAGUCAAUUUCCAAGAUGCCAUCUUUCCAGACACUCAAGAGAACAGAAGGAUGUUUUCUAGCCUUUUCCAGUUUUCAAACUGUUCACAAGGGCAGCAGCUGGCGACUUUCUCCAGUGACUGGGAGGUCCAAGAAGACACUAGGCUCAUGUGUUCCUCGGUGCAGAAGGCCCUGUUUGAGGAGGAGGACCACGUCAAGAAGCUGCAGCAGAAGGUCGCUACCCUGGAGAAGCGGAACAAGCAGCUGCGGGAGCGGGUGAAGAAGGUCAAGCGGUCCCUGCGGCAGGCGCGGAAGAACGGCCGCCACCUGGAGCUGCUGAACCGCAAGCUGAGCGAGAAGCUGGCGGCAGCGGCGGGCGUGCUCCCGCACAUCAACGCGCUGGGCCGCGAGCCCGCGGGUGCCCCCUACCUGCGGGGCUAGCGGGCAUGGAGCGCCGGCCUCCCCUGGUCCCAGGCGGGGCCCCUUCCGGGGAGUGGAAAGGGAGGCGGGACUGGUACACGCACAUAGCUCAA